AAUUCAUAGUUGAGAAUUAAUUCAUUUCUUCCAAAAAUGGCUUGGUUCCUUAGCUUGUUCUUCUUCUUUCUUGUCUCUUUUACUAAUGCUUGUGAUCGUUGUAUUCAUCGGUCUAAAGCUACUCAUUAUUAUGGAGAUUCACCUACUUCAUAUGGAGGAGCAUGUGGCUAUGGAGACAUGGCAUUGGAAUUUACCAAUGGCUACUUUUCAGCUGCUGUCCCCUCUCUAUACAAACAAGGAGCUGGUUGUGGAGCAUGUUUUCAGGUAAGAUGCAAAGACAAAAGACUAUGCAAUACAGCAGGGAGCAAAGUAGUAUUGACAGAUCAAAAUUAUGAUAGCAGAGCAGAUUUUGUUCUAAGUAGAAAAGCUUUUUCUGCUAUGGCUUUAAAAGGAAAAGGUCAAGAGCUUUUGAAUACUGGAAUUGUGGAUGUAGAAUAUAAGAGGAUACCUUGUGGAUACAAAAACAAAAAUUUGGCUGUACGAGUUGAAGAAUCAAGUUAUAAUCCAAAUUAUUUAGCUGUUAAACUUUUGUACCAAGGUGGCCAAACAGAGAUUGUGGCUGUCGAGAUAGCUGAGGUUGGUUCAUAUGAAUGGGUGAGCUUAAGAAGAAACUAUGGAGCAGUCUGGGAUACAAGUAAAGUACCAAAAGGAGCAUUACAAAUGAGAAUGGCAUUUACUUCAGGAUACGAUGGAAAAUGGGUUUGGGCAGAAUAUGUUCUUCCUGUCGAUUGGAAAGUUGGAGCCAUAUACGAUACUGGAGUUCAAAUUUACGACAUUGCUAAAGAAAGUUGCCCAACAUCACAGUGUGGUGAUAAACCAUGGAAGUGAAUGGAUUAAUUAAGUAUAGUGAAUUUAGUUAAUUACCAAUUUACAUAUACUUUUUAUGAAAAUUUCUUCAUACUAUUAUUAAUUUUGAAUAAGUUUUCUCUACACAACUUGUGGUGAGGGAAAUAUGUGCAUUUUAUUCCUUGCUUGUAUACCAAUCUACUCCAAAGAAUUCAAUGGGAAUUCUAUUACUAAAUAAAUAAAAUAUUUACACAGGUUUUUUUAAGAAAAA